AUGUCUGCGAAGGUGCGCCUGAAGAAGUUGGAGCAGUUGCUCUUGGAUGGCAACCAAAAGAAUGCAAGUUCGCUUAGCGUUGAAACGCUUCUGGAUAUUUUAAUAUGUUUGUACAACGAAUGCAGCAACUCGCCUUUGAAACGGGAAAAACACGUAACAGAGUUUCUGGAAUGGGUGAAGCCGUUCACAAGCACCGUGAAGGAGAUGCGUCUCCACAGAGACGACUUCGAGAUGCUCAAAGUGAUUGGCAGAGGGGCAUUUGGAGAGGUUGCCGUGGUGAAGAUGAAAAACACAGAGAGAGUUUACGCCAUGAAAAUACUGAACAAAUGGGAGAUGCUGAAGAGGGCGGAGACGGCGUGUUUCAGAGAGGAGAGAGACGUGCUGGUGUAUGGAGACUGCCAGUGGAUCACCACACUGCACUACGCUUUCCAAGAUGAUAACUACCUGUACCUGGUGAUGGAUUACUAUGUUGGAGGAGACCUGCUAACACUGCUGAGUAAGUUUGAGGACAGACUCCCGGAGGACAUGGCCAGGUUCUACAUGGCAGAGAUGGUCCUGGCUAUUCACUCCAUUCACCAGCAGCACUAUGUACACAGGGACAUUAAGCCAGAUAACGUUCUGCUGGACAUGAACGGACACAUUCGCCUGGCUGACUUCGGCUCCUGCCUGAGGAUGAUGCAGGACGGCACGGUCCAGUCUUCGGUUGCCGUGGGAACGCCGGACUACAUCUCCCCAGAGAUCCUGCAGGCGAUGGAGGACGGAAUGGGGAAGUACGGGCCAGAGUGUGACUGGUGGUCUCUCGGGGUGUGUAUGUACGAGAUGCUGUACGGAGAAACGCCCUUCUACGCCGAGUCCUUGGUAGAGACCUACGGCAAGAUCAUGAACCACGAGGAGCGCUUCCAGUUUCCCUCCCACAUCACCGACGUGUCGGAGGACGCCAAGGACCUGAUCCAGCGUCUCAUCUGUAGUCGGGAACGCCGGCUUGGCCAGAACGGCAUCGAGGAGUUCAAGCAGCAUCCGUUCUUCACCGGCAUCGACUGGGAAAAUAUCCGCAACACCGAGGCGCCCUACAUUCCCGACGUCAGCUCCCCUUCCGACACCUCCAACUUUGACGUGGACGAUGACGUGCUGAAGAACCCUGACAUCGCUCCUCCGGUGUCACACACGGGCUUCUCUGGGCAGCACCUCCCUUUCGUCGGUUUCACUUACACCACAGACAGCUGUUUCUCCGACCGCGGCAACAUCCGGCGGGUCGCCGGUGGGGAGGGCGACGGCCUGUGUGAGGGGGACGGAGGCCUGCAGGUGGAGGCCUUUGAGAGGAGGAUACGAAGCUUAGAGCAGGAGAAACAGGAGCUCAGCAGGAAACUCCAGGAAUCCACCCAGGCGCUGCAUGGCUCGGGCCGCGGGACGGGCACGCUCAGCAGGGACAAAGAGAUGAAAAAACUCAACGAGGAAAUCGAUCGACUCAAGAAGAAGCUGGCUGACUCUGAUAGGCUCGAACACCAGCUGGAGGAGGCGGUGACUCUGCGACAGGACUACGAAAGCUCCGCCUCCAAGCUGAAGGCCCUCGACAAGCAGGUCAAAGCUCUACGGCAAGAGAAAGAGGACAUCCAUAAGCAACUGGCUGAGUCUCUAGACCGUCUCAAGUCCCAGACUAAGGAGCUGAAGGAGGCACACCAGCAGAGGAAGUUGGCCAUGCAGGAGUUCUCCGACCUGAACGAGCGAAUGGCGGAGCUGCGCUCCCAGAAGCAGCGUCUCUCCCGUCAGCUCCGAGACAAGGAGGAGGAGAUGGACGUGGUCAUGCAGAAGAUCGACGCCAUGCGCCAGGACAUCCGCAAGACGGAGAAGGCCCGAAAGGAGCUGGAGGCCCAGUUGGAGGAUGCUAGAGCAGAGGCGUCAAAGGAGCGGAAGCUGAGAGAACACAGUGAGGCUUACUCCAAACAGCUAGAGACCGAACUGGAGACACUAAAGGUGAAGCAGGGCAGUGGGCGGGCUUCGGGCCUGAGUGCGGAGACGCAGCAGGAGCUGACUAAGGUGAAGUCGGAGCUGGAUAAGAAGGUGUUGUUCUAUGAGGAGGAGCUGAUGAGACGGGAAGCCAGCCACACCACAGAGCUGAAAAACCUGCGAAAGGAGCUCCAUGACUCGGAGAGCCAGCAGCUCUCCCUGCACAAAGAGCUCCUGGUUCUCAAGGACAAGCUGGAGAAGGCCAAGAGAGAACGACAAACUGAGAUGGACGAGGCACUUGGGGCCCUGAAGGAGAAGUAUGAGCGUGAACGUAACCUGCUGACCGAAGACAACCGCAAACUGACCACUGAGACUGACCGGCUGUGCACGUUUGUGGACAAGCUGACGGCCCAGAACAGACAGCUGGAGGACGAGCUGCAGGACCUGGCCUCAAAGAAGGAGAGCGUGGCCCACUGGGAGGCUCAGAUCGCAGAGAUCAUUCAGUGGGUGAGUGAUGAGAAGGAUGCCCGUGGGUACCUGCAGGCAUUGGCCUCUAAAAUGACAGAAGAGCUGGAGUCACUGCGUAGUUCCAGCCUGGGCUCCAGGACCCUGGACCCGCUCUGGAAAGUCCGGCGUAGCCAGAAGUUGGACAUGUCUGCUCGUUUGGAGCUGCAGUCGGCCCUAGACGCAGAGAUCCGAGCCAAACAGCUGGUCCAGGAUGAACUGCGCAAGGUCAAAGCAGCCAACAUCUCCUUUGAGAACAAACUGAAAGAAUCGGAGGCCAGGAACCGUGAGAUGGAGGAGAAGCUGGAGAGCAUGAAGAAGGAGCUGGAAGACAGUCGCUCACGUUCCGACAAAGGUCUUAAACUGCCAGACUUCCAGGACUCCAUCUUUGAGUAUUUCAACACUUCUCCUCUGGCCCAUGACCUGAACUUCAGAGAUUCUGUUUCGUCCUCGUCCGCGUCGUCUCUACUCGCGUUUUGGGAAGAAACAAGUUCGGUCAGCGAGGUUGAUGCUCCACCUCAGAAAUCAGACGUUCCCUCUUCCUCUCCAUCAGUGGCGUCUGAACAGGAUGAACCAGUCAAGCCCCCGCCUGCUGCUCCAGCUGCCCCAUCUCCCGUCUACCAGUCCUCUUUACUGACUGCGCCAAAGCCUAAAGCCCACCAACUGAGCAUAAAGACAUUCUCCAGUCCAACCCAGUGCACACACUGCACCUCACUGAUGGUGGGUCUCAUCAGGCAGGGCUAUGCCUGUGAAGUGUGUUCAUUCAUCUGCCAUGUGGCGUGUAAGGACAACGCGCCCCUGGUGUGCCCCAUCCCACCGGAGCAGGCCAAGAGGCCCCUGGGAAUCGAUGUUCAGAGAGGGAUUGGCACCGCCUACAAGGGCUUUGUCAGGAUCCCAAAACCGACAGGUGUGAAGAAAGGCUGGCAGAGGGCGUAUGCAGUGGUGUGUGACUGUAAACUUUUCCUCUAUGAGGUUCCUGAGGGGAAGUCCACUCAGCCUGGCGUGGUCGCCAGUCAGGUCCUCGACCUGAGAGAUGAGGAGUUCUCCGUCAGCUCUGUCCUGGCGUCCGACGUGAUUCAUGCCACUCGCAAAGACAUCCCCUGCAUUUUCAGGGUCACGUCGUCCUUACUGAGUUCUCCGGCGCGUACCGUCUCCCUGCUGGUGCUGGCGGAGAGCGAAGCGGAGAAGAGGAAGUGGGUGGGCAUUCUGGAGGGCCUGCAGAACAUCCUGGCCAAGAACCGUCUGAAGAACCGCGUGGUUCACGUUCUGCAUGAGGCCUAUGACAGCAGCCUGCCUGCCAUCAAGAGCACGCUGUCUGCUGCCAUCAUCGAUCGUGAGCGUAUUGCAUUGGGCACAGAAGAGGGUCUGUUUGUUAUUGAAGUCACAAGAGAUGUCAUAGUACGUGCUGCAGACUGUAAGAAGGUCCAGCAGAUUGAGCUGAUCCCCAAAGAGAAAAUCGUGGCCCUGCUCUGUGGGCGCAACCGCCAUGUCCACCUCCACCCCUGGGGGGUGCUGGAGGGCGCCGACGCCGCUUUCGACAUAAAGCUGACGGAGACGAAGGGUUGCCAGGCGCUGACCACGGGCGUGCUUCGCCCGGGCGGCCCCGCCUGCCUCCUGGCGGCCGUCAAACGACAGGUGCUGUGUUACGAGAUCACGCGCGCCAAGCCGCACCACCGCAAGCUGUGGGAGGUGCAAGCGCCGGGCGUGGCCCAGUGGCUGGGGAUGGUCAAAGACAGGCUGUGCGUGGGCUACCCGUCGGGCUUCGCUCUGCUGGCCUUGCAGGGCGAGUCCUCCCCCGUCAGCCUGGUCAGCCCUGGUGAUCCCUCCCUGGCCUUCCUCGCACAGCAGCCCCUGGACGCCCUGCACGCUAUGGAGGUGGGAGCCAAUGAGCUGCUUCUCUGUUUCAGUCAGCUGGGCGUGUACGUGGACGCGCAGGGACGGCGCUCGCGAACGCAGGAGCUCAUGUGGCCCGCCACGCCGCUCGCCUGCAGCUCCAACUCCUCCUAUCUGACAGUGUACAGUGAUUACGGAGUGGACGUGUUUGAUGUCCACACCACAGAAUGGGUUCAAACCAUUUCACUACGCAAGAUCAGGCCACUGAACGUGGAGGGAAGUCUGAACUUACUGGGCUCUGAACAACCACGACUCAUCUACUUCAGCAACAGCUCCUCGGAGGGAUGUGAUCUGGCCAUUCCUGAGACCUCUGACAACAGUAAGAAACUCAUGGUGAGGACUCGUAGCAAACGAAAGUUCCUCUUCAAGGUGCCUGAGGAGGAACGGCUCCAGCAGAGGAGAGAGAUGCUGCGAGACCCUGAGAUGAGAUCCAAGCUUAUCUCCAACCCCACCAACUUCAACCACGUGGCCCACAUGGGCCCAGGAGACGGCAUGCAGGUUCUGAUGGACCUGCCUCUGCCCAGCGACACACCCUCCCCCUCAUCUUCUCGUCACCACGCUCUGAUCUCUCCUCCGACCAACUUUGAGCACGUCUAUCACAUGAGUCCUGUCUCUGCAGGACUGUACCUGCAGAAAGAGCCUUCCUCCCAGCAGAGUCUUCCUCAGCUCUCCUCCUCCUCCUCAUCUCCCUCCACCUCCUCCCUGGGAAGGAGCGUGCUGCCCUCAUCUCAGGAUGAUGUGGCAAAGGAAAAGCCACGCCCACUCUCCAGCAUCUCACGGCAACAGAGGAGUAAGACUCACAUCACGCGCACUGCAUCCGGAGGUGGUGACUUUGGAGGAGCGGGUUCUUCUCGGAAUAUCUCUGAUCCAGACCAGGACUUUGAGAGAGAGCCCGACUCAGACUCCACAAAACACUCCACCCCCUCCAACAGCUCUAACCCCAGCAGUCCACCAAGUCCCAACUCCCCCCACUGCAGUCAGCUGACCCUGGAUGGCCUGGAACACACCCUGGAUGGCUGAGGAGAGAUCACCCCUGCACACUCGCACACGCUUUCCCUCUCUCUCUCUCUCUCUCUCUCUCUCUCUUUCUCUCAACACAUACACGCUCACACACACAUGCACACACACACACAUGCACGUACACACACACACACACACACACAUACGCUCAUUCUCACUCAGCUAGAACUUGUUACAAUGUGCCAAGAGCUCUUCUCAUCCAGUCUUGUCCUAAUAGCUGAAUGUGCGAGCAGACCCAAAGCUCCUCUCCUCUGGCCACAAGUCAUGACCUCUGAAUGAAACACUGAUGAGUCGCAGGCAGAGCCCUCCUGGGUUGCUGUCCCUGUGGCGUGUGCGUGCACUAAUUAACUCACUGGAGUGGUGAAAAGCAGGAGCGGCCACGCGGAUCAGGGCCACUGUCAGUGAGCAAAGACUGCCCCCUACUGGUGCACAGAUGCUAUAUCAUUUAACAGGGUCGAAUUAUCCCAGUGUUAUUAUUUCCCUUCCCUGUUGUAUUUUUUUUUUCCUCUGGAUUCACGGCAGGUUCUCACAGGCUUGUGUGAUUUGGAAUUGAGCUGAGGAGUUGAGGUGUAAAGUCCUCAGUGAGAUUAGCCACAAAGAGAAGAGAGAGAGAGAGAGAGAGAGUUAGCAGUCCUAACCUAUCCUGAAUGCACGAAGAGCAGUACAUCUGCAUUAGAAAUGAUUCUGAAGGAGUCCUGAGCUCUGUAUUAAGAUGUGUAGUAUUUGAGUGCAGGCGUAGAAGCGAGGAUGGGGAUUCACUGUGGACCAGGACGCUCUGUGAAACCCAGCUGGACCAUUAAAGAAAACGCCCUCUUUCUGUUCUGGGACCAUUUUAAACCUUUCUGUCUGUCUCAACCGAGCGAAAACUCCUCAUCAGCUGCAGGAAGACAGUAGUGUUAGUCAGACAACGGGGAUUUUAAGCCAAACAUGUGGG